AUGGGGGGGAACACUUCCUCUCCCCGCGCAGGUCUGUGGUGCAAGAGCCUCCUUCAGGAUUACGCCGACGCCUGCCGGGAUGUGGCCCUUGGCUUCAAGGAGCGGCCUGGGAAAGCCGGACUCUACCUCUCGCUGCUGGCCGGAGCCACCGUCUGCAGCCUCCACGUCCCCUGCGACGCCUCGUUCGAGUCCUCCCUCCUCGAAGCCUCGGGCAUCCUCCUCCUGCUCUCCCCCUGGAUCCGGAACGGCAGCUCCGAGGGGCACGUCCAGCGCCUGAUGAAGCUCCGGAACCAGGGGCGGCUGCGCUACCAGAGCCUGGUCUUCUUCUCCCUCGUCUACCAGGCCCCCUUUGAUGCGGAAGCGGCUCUGUACCAGGCUCACUGCAAACACCUGAAGCCGCGCUGGACGGACUUUCCCGCCCGGAUCCUGGACGUGGGGUUCUUGGGCCGCUGGUGGGUUUUAAGUUCGAAAAUGAAGGAUUCCGACAUCAACGAAGAGGAAUUCAAGUAUCUCCCUGAGCAUCUCAGGACCAUCUCCUCCCGGAACCUCCACUCGGCAGCCAACGAAAAACUCUUUGACGAGAAAUACAAACCCGUCAUCCUGACAGAGGAGCAGAUUGAGCGGGCGGAAAAGGAGGAGCGGCAGCCACUUCAGGGGGCCUUAAACCAAUGAUCUGAACAAAGAGACUUCCGGUUUCGGUGGGCUCCCGGGGCCAGUCGGUCUGGGAGCUGGCGCUGGGUGGGGGGGAGAUGAAAUACAAAAAGAAUCCGGUAAUGAAAUAUAAUUGUGCUCAUGGCCCAACUGUGCUGAGCUCAAUAAAUCAGUUCUGUGAGUUUUCCAGUCA